CCCAUUUCUUUUGCACAAAAUAUUUCAAAAUUUGAGUUAAAAUGAAGAUUGUACAAAGUGAUAUUAAGUGAUACCAUGAUGGUAAUGAGUGGUACAAAAUAAAAUAGUGAAAUUGAUAUCACACUGCAUUCUAAGGGUUUUUUUUUUUUUGUUAUUUCGGAUUAAAACAAAGAAGAUACAAGCCGAUUAUGAAAAAUAGGUAAAAUAAAAUCUCUUAAAUCUCGUAUCACAAAAGAUUAACAAAAGAUUAAGGGGUCAUAUCUGGUUUGCACUUGACCGCCCAAAAUGGUCAAUGGCAAACUCUUACCAGUUAUAACGUCCAGAAAGAUACCUUACACGAUUGACGAUCCAUUCGAUAGAGAGGGGAUAUAAAACAGAGAGGAAAGAACCAAGGAACCUAAAAACUGUAAUAGGAAACUGCUUCUUACUCUUUCUGUACUUCCGUUAGCAACUGAAACCUGCACCCAACAUCAAUAGAUCAGGUGUAAGUUGUUUUUCGACGAACAGAUGAAAAGAAACUCAGCUUGGCAUCUCAACAAAUACACCAAAUUCUAUCAAAUCAAACUCCCACCCCGAAGCAGAAAUUGUUUCUCUCCGUUCUGGAAAACCACCGCAAAGUUCAUAUCCACAACCGCACACCAAACAGCCGCCACCACGAAGACAAUGCGGUGAAAGGAUAUAAUCAUAUCUAUAUCCUUCAAUCCGCAUUCUUCUUCGUGGGUCUCAAAUUCAAUCCAAAAAAAAAUCCCCUGCCUCUUCCAAUUACUAUCUAAAGGCAGAAGCUUUUUCAUAAAUAACAACAAUGUCGUGGUUGGUGCGAAGCAACACGACGUGGGUGGUGGAAGAGGUCUGCUACGCCUUCCCUCCCAGGGUUCGUUCCGGCGGAGUUUUCAUCAACCAGGGGCCUUCCCCUCUCGAAAAUCUCCUCUCGGCCUCGGUCACUCUUCUCAACGUCCAGGUCCUGCUCAUCCUCUGCCUCUGCAACGCCCUGCAUUUCGUCUUUCGCAAUCUAGGCGUAAUCCCCUUCGCCACACAGUGCCUGGCAGGGGUGAUUUUAGGGCCGACGCUUCUGGGGAAAUGGGAUUACUACAAGAAAGUAUUUUUCCCUCACCCGAGUCAGAACUCGCUGGGGGCGCUCGCGAUGACAGGAUACUCGUUCUUCAUGUUCAUGAUCGGGGUCAAGACCGACGUGGGAAUGCUGAUUCGGUCCGGGAGAAAGACCAUCAUCAUCGGCAUAGCAUCCGUGCUGGUCCCUUACAUCAUCGGCCUAGCCUUCCAGACAGGCCGAUUGCUCGCGGUCCAGGGGCUAAUGGAGAAGAUGGAGAUCAUCGGCUUCACCGCGCUCCAAGCCACGACAACAUUUCCCGUCGUUUCCCACCUCCUGAUCGAGCUCAAGCUCACCAAUUCCGAGCUGGGCAGGCUGGCUCUGUCCUCGUCGCUCGUCUCCGGUCUGCUGGCAGCUUGUCUCGAGCUCAGCGCGAUCCUCGCCACCGAGAAGCACGGGCCGAUGAAGGUGGCAUUGACAGUUCUGUUGGGUCUGUUCGCGGCAUUGGUCCUGCGCCCGGCAAUGCUGUGGGUGAUUAAGCAGACUCCUCAGGGGAAGAAGCUUCAUUCCUCGUGUGUUCCAAUCAUGGUGGCGGUUGCAUUUAUGUACCAGAUUGCGUUUGAUGCUCUGAGGCAGUCUCAAGCAUUGGGGCCUUUCAUCCUUGGGUUGGCUGUUCCGUCGGGUCCCCCAUUGGGCUCCGCGGUGAUCGAGACCCUCGAGGUGGUAACCAACUCCAUCAUGUUCCCGGUGUUUGUAGCUACAUGUGCAAUGAGGGGAGAUCUCUAUACUAUGGUGACAAUGGGGUUCAGCAACAGAGGAUACUACGCGAGGGCGGUACUGGCUUCGCUCUUCGUCAAGUUUCUCGCCUGCUUGUUGCUGUCUCUGCCUUGGAUGCCCCGGGCUGACUCUGCUGUUCUUGCUCUCAUCAUGUGCUCCAAAGGUAUCUACGAGCUUAGCGUGUUUGCUGUCCAGAGGGAUACCCAGGCCAUAAAUGAAUCAUUAUUCUCCUUGUGUCUCGGCUAUAUCAUUCUAAACUCCGCCAUUAUCCCAAUCAUUGUGAAGUACCUGUACGAUCCAUCGAGGAAGUAUGUGGGUUAUCAGGCAAGGAAUCUGUUCAGCUUGAGGCCUAACACUGAGCUCAGGGUUCUUACCUGCAUUCACAAGCCUCAUCACGUUGGAUAUAUGAUCAACUUGCUGGAUGUUAUAUGUCCAACUGAAGAGAACCCCAUAGGAGUCUAUGCUCUUCACUUGGUCGAGCUAGUGGGUCGAGCCACGCCUAUGCUUAUAUCUCACCAGAAGCAGAAGGCAGUUUCCGACAACUGCUCGAUUGAGGUCAUACUCGCUUUCAAUCAGUACGAGAGGAGGACGUAUGGCCUCACGUCCGUCAACACAUUCACCUCGAUCUCCCAACCAAAGUUCAUGCACGACGACAUAUGCACUCUUGCUCUCGAUAAAUCCACCGUUCUUCUGCUGACCCCAUUUCACAUCACAUGGGCCCUCGAUGGAAGUAUUGAAUCGGAAGAUAACACCAUGAGGGCUCUGAACUCCAGGGUUUUGGAAAGAGCUCCCUGCUCUGUGGGAAUCUACUUCAACCGUGGGAAUGUCAGGGUUCAUGAUGGUGCAGCAGAGCCAAGAAGUUCAGAUGCUUCAUCUUCGUUCUCGUCUGCCUACUCGGUAUGUGUACUGUACUUGGGUGGAAGAGAUGAUCACGAGGCACUGUGUUUGGCUACCCGCAUGGCUAGAGACUCAGGCCUGGAGCUCACAAUUCACCAUCUAGUCUCCAAGGAGGACACUAACACAACAAACAGGUUGUCACAUGAGAGAAUGAUUGAUGAAGUGGUGUUGAAGGAAGCUCUGCAUAAAGUUUCGAACUUACCAAAUGUGAAGUACAUCGAACAAGUCGUGGAAGAUGGACCUCAAACUGCAAUGGCGGUUAGAGCGAUUUCCAGCAAUCAUGAUUUGUUUGUUGUCGGGAGACGAGAUGGGGUGGAUUCGCCUCAAACGACCGGACUAGCUGAAUGGAGUGAGUUCCCAGAACUAGGAGUGAUUGGAGACCUCUUGGCCUCAAAAGAUGUCGAGACCAAAGCUUCUGUACUGGUAGUCCAACAGCAAAAGCAGUUCAAGUAGAAAAGAAAUGAAAGUAUAUAAAUUUAUACAUCUGUAAUUGCUAAUGAAGUCAAUCCUCAUCCAUGUUUAUAACAUAAAACAUUUUUUACUUCAGCAACAGCUGCAAUUGCCUAGUGCCUACUUCUCUGCCUCCCGGUUUCAGCUCACCCAUUGUUGGGUGCCAAAACAAUAUACACACAAAACUUUCCAUUCAACAAAAAAAAAGAACAAUCUAAUUCAACACCUAGAAUGCAGGAACCACUUAGAUAGAACGACCAAAAAAAAAUCAAGAAAGAUUCAGCAGAGCACUGGUUUUCACUUUUCAGUACUAAACAUAAAAGAUGAUAUCCGAUUAGUUAUCUUCUCCAAAGAAUACAAUUCUCUCAAAAUAUCUAUCGACGUACAUGGUUAAGCUUAUGAUCUCUCCUCUGUCGAAUAACCACCCCCUUUUUCCCUCUGUUUGAUGACUCUGGAGUGGACAGCUUGAAGUAUAGCUCAGUCUUGAGAAAGAUGGAAACCCCCAUUGGUUAACCAGUAUAGCAAACUUAAUGCAUGCCAAGCAUCGAAGGAUAUGCUAUCGCUUGAGGACCAAACUCUGGCAACACCAACACUGAAGAGGAGAAAAAGGCAUCCGAAAAGUAUCCGAUAGUUAACUGUACAUGAGUCACCAGCAUUAUCUUCUGUCAGAACUCAGAACCAUCAAUUGGAACUCUGCAUGUUCACUGAGUAACCUCUAUCAGGACAGGGCAUGUACUCAAAACAAACAAUAGUUUGCCUAAUUGCCUUUGAACUGGGAUGUUGACAGCCAGCCAUCUCAAAGAAAGUAACACAAAUUUAGCAUUACUUACCGCUACUACGAAUGCAUCAGAGUUGGAAACCUCUUUCGACUGGUUUUCAGGUGGUGAAACAGGCUAAGGCUGUCCUUUUGUUCAUCUUCACGCUGGUCAGAAACGCCACUACUUCUCCCCUUUCUUUUGGCUACCAUUCCAAGUAGAAAAGUACUUAUGGAUGCCAUUCUUGAAUUCCCUGUGGAUUAGUUAUAAUAUAUCAGAAAACAAUACUCAAUUAAACAUACCCAAAGCAUUAACCACCAACAUCUGCAGUUGUUAACUAAAAAGAAACACCUAACAACAAUUUGAUAAAUGGUUCCUCAACGCUCCUAUGAUGCCAACAGCUUCUUCCCGUCACCAAAUUCACCACUUCCUACCAUCAUCUGAAGCCACUUAUGGCUAAUGUAGUAAUGUAUGAUAUAUUAUUUGAAAUGCUUAAAAAAUCAUAAUUCUCUCCAUACUAAAUAUGGAAACAAUCAGCUGAUAUAUAGAUGACAUUAACCAAUCAAAAUAGCCUUUCAUCCACCAACCUCCUCACUAAGAUCCGCAUACAUGUUCAG